AUGCUCCGGGUGUUCAUUGGGCUGGCUACUCGACCCUUCAAGGGCAAUGUUAGAUUGGUAUGUUUGAAGAAGCAAAAGACGGUGUGGUGGGUAAAAAGACAUUGAUUAAUGAAUUUGUCGUAUGUUAUUAGGAAUCGAAAGUUUCCAGUUGUAGUUCGAAGGCCGGCUUUCCUAUUUUUACACAUUGCGCGGAAGGUGUGUGGGCCAGAGUCUGAUGAUUUUUAGAUUUGCAGAACCAACGGUAGUCUAGAAAAAAAUCGAAAAUGGGUUGUGAAGGAGUUCAUCGAAUGAAAUAAUUUUAGUCGUGAGACGUUCCAUUGCACUUUUAUCUGGUUUUGUCAUCAAUUAAUAAAUCUUAUAAAUUGCAAAAACAAAAAAAAGAAAAUCAAAAAUGUUUUUUUAGAAAGUGCAAAAACUAGCAUUGUAACGAAGUGUAACGCUUAGUCGCACACAGUUUUGCCCAUAAGUGAAAAAUCGCCGGUAAUCGACAUUAAAGUUAGUUUUAAUAUUACACGAAUGUGACGGUCUUUUUUUAUUUUUUUUUCAUUUUUUAUACGUAUCUGCUGCUACGUUUUCUAAUAAUUUGUUGUGUUACAAUUCAACAGUCAACCUUACAGUGAUGUUUUCCUCCCGCUCCAGUUCCCUUUCAAAGCAACAUUUUCCAAAUAGAUGCACUUGUAACUAACCCCAUUAAUUUUGAUUUUUCGUCUUCCGAAUAACCAAGGUAUCGCUAUUACUUUUCGAUCAACCGACUUGAUUAACCUUUCCCUUGAACUUUGUGCAAUCAGAAGUAAUAAAAGGGCAUUCACAAUAGUCAUCGUGUUCUUUGGAAUCCCGUAUUUUCAGUUGGCUGACGUCACUUUUUCUUUGUUGUUGGACCCCCAUCGAUGAAAUUGACGAGUGGCCUUUAAAUCGGGGGAAAAAUUCAGAAGACAUGACACGAUUUUUUUUUAUUGAAACUUUUUUGUACGGCAUUCAAAAUUUGAAGAUUUCUGACACUUGUGAGAGCGGCAUCUCGUGCAACAGAGUUUUGAUUACAAUUCCUUAAGAAUUUUUUUGAGUGCCUAAAACAUUUUUGUUCAGCAUCAAAAAAUAACGGAAAACUUGGAAAACGGCUCUGAAAUCCGUCAAAUAGUUCGCUGCUUGAACUUACGGUGUCUCCACCAUAGAAAAUUUGAGAUUUUUUGAAAAAGGCAAGAAUCCUUUCGAAGAGUUCAUUUUCCCUCUACAGGAUGAAAAGACUGCUCUGCAAGUGUACUAAACAGUAGCUUAGUGCCGCUAAACUUUGUAGCGGCUGAUCGCACACAUGUUUUGUCGGAUGUUGGGUGCUCCUUAGGUUAGUGAAUCGUCUCAACUACAGGGUUUGUAGCGACGCCGCAGCGUUUGAUUAUAAAAGGCCCGCGACGAAACGUUUAUUUCUUAUAUUUGUUUUCCUCAAUCAUCCCCUCUUUUCGCUGUCUUCCGGGUGUUCUGGCAGGGCUCUCGGGUGUAAUGUAACACCUAAAAUACGGAAUUCGUAUUUUUUGAACUUUUGUUUUGGAAGAGGUGCACUUUGGGGAAUAUAAAGUCGGGGAGAUUACUGUUUUAUAACUUUUAAAGAGGUUUCAACCUCUCUAAAAAUUGUGGCCGUUAUCUAACAACGUGUUGUUAGACAAUGGCCACAAUUCUUUUGCAUUGGUAACACAAGAUUUCAAAAUUUUUCAAGGAAAAAAGAAACAUUUCUAGGAUACUCCCACCGAUUUUCUUCGUAUUUAGCAGACGUCCUAGAUACGGCAAAAUAAAUUCCAUAAAAAUUCAACGAUUUUUCCCAUUUUUUCAAAAUCUGUCGUAUAAAAUGUCACCUGAGUUCAAAUUGAAAACUAAUGAAGUUAUGCCCUUAUAAACCGUGCCGCAUGGCUCUCAUCAUAUUCGUCAACUUGUUGUACCCUAUUUCUAACUCUGGCCUUUAGCUCUCCACCAUGUCCAUUCGCUUCGACGGUCAAGUGGCGAUUGUAACAGGCGCCGGCGGCGGACUUGGCCGCACCUAUGCCCUGGAAUUGGCCAAGCGCGGAGCUAAGGUUGUCGUCAAUGAUCUGGGAGGAGAUCGUCACGGAACUUCGCAGAGCACGUCGGCUGCGGACAAAGUUGUUAGCGAAAUCAAGGCUGCUGGAGGAACUGCCGUCGCGAAUUAUGAUAGCGUGGAGUUCGGAGAUAAGAUCGUUAAGACAGCCGUGGACAACUAUGGGCGAAUUGGUGGGUUGUUUAGCCAGUUUGGGGGAUUUCAUAAACCGAGGUACCCGAUUUUUCGUUUUUGAAAAAAAUUGUUUUGCACUGUGCAGAGGCGAAUGUAUAACAUUACAUAAAUAAGGUUUUUUAAGCGACUAACUGACAGGUAAAGAAAUCCUUUUUUUAUAUACAUGCCACUAAAUAGAGAAUUCUUAGUUCACGGCUUCGGAUUACUGUAAUUUUGACCUUUGAAAUAAUUACUUUUGCACAGUGCAUUAGUCAAUUUCUCCUCCCGGUUUUCUGAUAAACCAGAAAUUGAUUUUUAAAAUUCUUUAUGGAAAUUUUAAUGCUUGCCUUUCAGGUAAUAUCUGAUGCCAUUUAUAAAUACACAUCCUUUACGGCUAUUGUAAUCUUCCGGUUUGAAAAAUUUGUUUUGCACGGUGCAAAUUGUCAUUCUUUCUUUCAUUCUUGAUGUUUAGAAAAGGCUGGAUUAUCUAACGUUACUAAUUCCUCCAUUUCAGAUAUCCUUAUCAACAAUGCCGGAAUCUUGCGGGACGUUUCCUUUGCCAACAUGAAGGAUAUCGACUGGAGUGAGUCUUUGAUUACUCCCUCUAUGAAACAAAAAAUUUUAUCUUAUUCUUUCAUCAAUUGAAACUUUGUGAAGAAACCUUAAAAUCUCAUUAAUUUUCUGAUGAAUAAUAUCAAAAAUCCUCCUAAAAAUACAAUUUUAAGAUCUCAUCAUGAAGGUGCAUUUGUAUGGAGCUUAUUCUUGCACCAAAGCAGCAUGGCCUUACUUCAGAAAGCAGAAUUAUGGACGUUUGGUUUUCACUUCAUCUAAUUCCGGAAUGUAUGGAAGCUUCGGACAAGUGAAUUAUGCUGCUGGUAAGUUGAUUAUGGAAAUUUUGCGAUUUUCUUUCUGUUAUAUGAGGAUUUUUUUUUGGAAUCAAUAUUCAAAAUUUUUCAAAAGAUCAUGUUUUUUGCCAUUUCUUAGAAAAAAGUACCGUAAAAGAAGAAUUGGUUUGUAAAAUACGGAAUAAAAAACUUUAAAAAUUAUGGAAGAUUUUUUCUUAAAACGAUUGAAAUCCUGUUUGAAUUUUGUGGAAUUUUUUGUUCACCCAUCUUGUAUCAAGUAUAAUGUAAAAGAUAGCUUGUUACUCCCUCUCUUUUCAGCAAAAAUGGCUCUCGUUGGAAUGUCGCAUUCAUUGGCGUUGGAAGGAAAGAAAUACAAAAUCUUCUCGAACGCUUUGAUUCCCACUGCCGGCUCCAGAAUGACUCAAACUGUCCUUCCCCAAGAGAUGGUGGAUAUCCUAAAACCCGAUUAUGUCACUCCAUUGGUCACUUUCUUGGCUUCCAAAGAUAAUACGAACACCGGAGGGAUCUACGAGGCCGGCGCUGGAUGGUUCGGUCAGGUCAAGCAUUACAGAUCCAAAGGAUUGGUCAUUCCAAACGCCAAGGCCGAAAAUAGUGAGUUGACUAAUUAAAACAUAUACUGCUCGCAGUAUAGGCUAUUAGAGAUUCUUCCAACCUCGUAGAUCUACUUUACAAUAAUUCAGAAUUGAAAUGAUGAAAAUUUUUACCUCUCGGUUUCUAACGGGAGCCAAGAUAUUCGUUAUUUUUCCCGAGAGGGCACACGAGGUUCGGCGAGACAAAAUGCCUUCUUAGGCUCAAUAUUUGAGGGAUAUUUAUGCUUAUUUUGCCUUUUUAAACACUUCUAAUUUUAGUCCGCGACUCUUGGAGCCAGAUCACCGACCAAACCGGCGCCGUUGCCUACGCCACUUCGGGCGAAGUGACGGCCGCUCUUCUGGAGGCCCUCGAAAAGUCCAAAAUAUAA